AUGAAGAUAUAUUACUCUCUUCUGCAAUUUAUAUUUUUCUUUGCAUAAUCCUAAGCAUCAUGGUAAACGAUUUAUUAGGAAUUUACAGGUUCAAAUUGGGAUGAUUCAAGAUGGUCCCUCAUUAAUUCCUAUGGUGGUCCAUUUAGUCAAUGUGGAAAUUAAAAGAUAUUUGGAGGAUUUUCAGUUUUCGGUAUUCAGACAUUAAUUUCUACUCAAUUUGCUCUUCCUCCUCAUUAUGAAUUACGAAUUUCGUUAGAUUUAUGGAAUUGGGAUGGUGAGAUUGUGAAAAUGGUAUUUGAUAGUGAAAUUAGAUAAAAGUCAUUUAUUCUGACUGAUGGGUAGUAAAUUUGUGGCGAAACAGAAGCAAUAUUUUUGGAAUAUAAUCUUCCUAUUGUAAUUGCUAUGUCAAAUCACCAUUCAAAAUCUAUAGUUAUUAUAAUGACUUCGACUUUGGAUUAGCCUGCAGAUGAUGUAUUAAUUGUCAUAACUUAGGAAUCAUGGGGAGUUUAAAAUUUAAAAAUUGAAAUUUUAUAAUGUCCUUAAGAAUGUGUAUUCUGCUCAGAUUCAAUCUCAUCAUGUAAAUUUUGGAAAAAUGUUUAAUCAUAACAAUUUGCCAAUUCUCCAGAAGAAGAAUGGUUGAUUGAUGGGUCUUAACAAGUUGGUUCAAGUAAUUGCAAUGGCAUUAGAAUAAUAGGUGGAAUGAAUGUUCUAUAAAAAGGAUAAGAAUUAGUUAAACUUAUGGAAUCUAUAAUUCCUCACUUUAAGGUUCAGAUAUUGGUCAAAAUAUGGGUAAUAGGAGAAUGGUAAAAUGAAUAAUUUGUAUUUGAGAUUGAUGGUAAACUAUAAAAAAAGAUCGAAAUUUCGUCUGACAAUUUUACUUAUUCUUAAUGUUAAGGA